GGCCCGGCCUGUGACCUCACAAACGACCCUCUCCGGCGGCGGGACCGGACGCGUGCCCCGGUGGCCCUCCUUCCGCCGCCGCCGGCCAUGAAGGGGACCCCCAGCUCCCUGGAGACCCUGCUGUGGGUCUACCACUUCCACAGCUCCACGGAGGUGGCCCUGCAGCCCCCGCUCCUGUCCUCCCUGGAACUCGCUGUGGCCGCGGCCCAUGAAUUUCUGGAGCAGGGGUUCAGGGAGCUCGAGUCCCUGGAGUCGCAGCGGCCGCAUGCCCCGAAGCCCACCCUGGGGCUGGUGCUGAGAGAAGCCGCGGCCAGCGUCGUGAGCUUCGGCGCCACCUUGUUCGAGAUCUCCGCCCUGUGGCUGCAGCAGGAGGUGCGGCGGCUGGACGGCGGCGCCGGCAGCUCGGGCCCAGCCCGGGGCGCCGGGGAUCCGGGCGGAGCGCUGGCCCGGGUGGCCCGGGCCGCGGUCCAGGGGGCGCGGCACGCGGGGGCAGCGGCGGGCACUAGCGCCCGGCUCGCACUGCAGGGGGCGUGGCUGUGCCUGUGCGGGCGGGGCCUGCAGGGGUCCGCCUCCCUCCUGCAGCAGUGGCGACGUCAGCUGGGCCUGGGGACCCCCGGGGAACAGAGAUACUCGGGAGACCUCCAGGUGGCAUCCAGUGGCAGCGCGGAGAACGGGGGACCAGAGAGCGCGGAGAACGGGGGACCAGAGAACCCGCCGCCGCCGCAGCCCCGCCCCGCGUUCCAAUAAAGCCCAGACGGGACCGACCCAGAGCAGCUCCGACCCACAGCAGCUCCCGGUUUCGCGUGCCCUUGGCCGCGCCCCCGGCCCCGCCCCCACACGCUGGCCCCGCGCACGCGUGGGCUCCUCCGCGGCCCUCUGCCUUCACCUGCCCAGCAUCGGCACGCUCAGCGACGUCUCGGGGGUCUUCUGGGCGAUCAGGAACAAGAAGACGGUCUGCGCCAGCAGGACGUUGAUGGACACGGUGCACUUCUGGCCGCCGGCUGGAGGGAGCGGCCGGUGAGAGCGGGUCCCGCUCCCAGCGGCGAGCCCGGGGUUGGGGUCCCGGCGGCCCCUUACCCUGCGCCGGCAGGAAGUAGGCGAGCAGCACCAGGCCCGAGAUGAGCACGCAGGGCACGAUGAUGUUGAUUGUGUAGAAGAGCGGCUUCCGGCGGAUGAUGAGCGUGUAGAUGACGUCAAUGCCCCCCGGGUCGUCCGCGGAGCCCCCGUGGUGAUGGAUCAGUCCGGGGCAGAAAUCGAUGGCCCAUUCGCCGUUCUCUGCGGGGUGGGAGGCGCGGUCAGCCCUCGUGGGCCCCACGCCUGGCCGCGGGCCCCCGGUUUCUGGGCAGAGGGAGCCGUUGCGGCCGGCCCGCCCCUAGUGGUCUGGGUGGCGCGGCGGGCGACGGGCGAAGGCGGUUCGGGCUAGACGGGCCCGCCCGGUGCAGGUGCAGGUGCACAACAGACGCAGGCCAAGGAAGUCAUGCCGGGCUCACUGUCGAGGGUGGUUUGGGGAGGGGGGUCAAGGUCGAGCCCGGCUGCCAAAGCCAAGGCCCAGUGUCGGUGGCCCGGGGCAGCCCCCCUCGGUGAGUGUCCCCUGUCUGGGCCCCGCCUAGAGGCGAGUUUUCGGAGCAGAAGGGGGCCUCACCAGUGUAGGCCUCGGUGUCGAUGUCGAUGUUGCUGAUGGUCUUGCCCUCGUCAUCCACGGCGAAGACAAACGCCACCUCUCGGGCGUUGUACGUCUGCGAGCUGCGGGGCCAGGGCCGGCACAGACCCGGGCGGCUGGGACCCGGGCUGCCCCCACCCCCACCCCCGUCUCGCCGCCCCGCAACCGCUCCCCUCUCUGAGCAUGUGACCCCACCGGAAGACGAGCGAGCAGUUCUGCCAGUCAAAGGGGAAGUAGGUGACCUCCACGGCGCAGCUGCUGCGGUAGAUGGCCGGGGGCAGCCAGCUCAGGUAGCCGCCCUCGUAGACCAGCACGUUGGCGUCGUAGGCCACGCCGAACUGGCCGUCGAUGCUGUGGGCUCCGGGAAACGCGGCGUUUGCGCGCGGCCGCGACCCCCUCACCCUCCCGGCCUCCCCUGCCCUGGCCCAGCGCUCACUUGUUUUCCAGCACGAUCUCAGGCAGCCACACGAGCUCCGAAGGGACCCGCAAGGUUUCUAUGCCCCCGAAGUCGUCCUUACUGAAGUUGAGUCUGUAAUCCUGCCAGUCCUGAGGGGUGGGAUGGAAACGCGUGCGCCCGGGGCCCCACGGGGGCUUGGGGGAGAGGGGUCCCCGCACCAGACCUCACCCUGCUCCCCACGUCGGACUCACGAUUCCAAUCCAGACGCUGGUGGUGAGGGUCUCCUCUUUCUCGUUCUGCAGGUGGGGGAUCGGGGUGGUCGGGGUGGGACCCCAGGGUCACACACAGAAUUUGGGGGUUCAGGCAGAAGUCUCUUACUAGUGAGAUCAGGUUGGUCAGGGUGACCUUGAGGGUGAUGGUGACAGUGUCUUCAGGCUCCUUCACCGGCCGGCGUUCUGGGUCGUAGUUGUCGAAAAGAUGGUGGUAGAGACGUAGCUCUUCGUUCUUGCCGUCACCUCCACCUGGGGACGGGGUCACGUGGGCUCACCGCGGGCACGGGGCUGGGGGCCUCCUUUGCCUCUGCGUCUGUCUCCGAGGCUCUGUGAUCUCCCCGCCUCCCGAACCACAUACUGAGCCUGGGGACCAGGUUUCGGGCCUCAGCCUCCUUCUCGGCCCCUUGUCUUUGUCCCGUGCCCUGUGUCCUUGUCCCGUGCGUGUGUCCCACCCCUGUCCUCACCGAGGAGCUCCAGGAGGAGCAGGGCACCCAGCAGAGCCCCCGCCAUCCCGCCGUCUGGUCCUCGGGGUUAUUCUGAGCGUUGAGGUUGGGAGAGGGAGUAAGGGGAGGUGUUAGUUCCGGGCUGGGUAGGGGACUGUCACCUAAUCCUCCCCACCCCACCCCCCCGCUGCCGCUGCUGCUCCUGCAGCCAGAGAGGACUUGGCCGUUUCCAGAGGCAGCUGCCCCGUCCCAGCAUCCUCUGCCUGGUGAGCGUCCAGCUCGAGGGCCACGGACCCGAUCCUCGUGACUCAAGAACCCCGGUGCAGGUGGGGGUCCUUUAGAAGCACCUGGGACCACAAGCCCGGCGGUGGGGGUGGGGUAAUACCCCGCACGUGUCCCUGGAGUAAGUUGCCUGUGCAGGUGACCUCCGUGGCCUCCUGUCACUAGCGUGGAACACACACCUUGCCGCCACCUACACGGCCCAGCCAGGGUCACGCCAAUGCAGUUUCUGCCUGCGGUUUGGCAGAGUCUGCACAAAGACAGGGUAAUGAGGCAGGCGGCCACCGGGGAUUACUCAGCAGUAACAGACCUCAGUCCCAGGUGGGCCGGCCCGCCCGCAGCUCCUCUCUGGGCGCCGGUUCUCCCUGCUGCCACCUCGUGGCCGCAGGUGGUGAUACAUGUGGUCUUGGGGCGGGGGAGGAGCAGACUCUUUUUUAAUGUUCAGUUUUUGAGAGAGAGAGAGAGAGAGACAGCACAGACGGGGGAGGGACAGAGACAGGAGGAGACACAGAAUCCGAUGCAGGCUCCGGGCUCCGAGCUGUCAACACAGCCCGACGCGGGGCCGGAACUGACGAACGGGGAGAUCAUGACCUGAGCCUGAGCUGAAGUCGGGUACUUAACCCACCGAGCCACCCAGGUGCCCCCCCCCCCCCGCCCCGCCCCCCGGACACUUGACGGAUUCUUAGAGCAUUUGUCCUAAAGUCUCCUCGGACCGGCCUGUCAUCUGAGGUGCUCGCUCACAAUUCGUGUCCUCAGAUCCCGCCCCCAGAGAACCCUGCUUCAGGAGGGUGCCGGAGACCUUUUUGAGGAGCUCUUGGUGUUUCCUCAGGGAGUGGGGGUGCCGUGUCUUACCUACUGCUUCCUCAGCGGUGCAGGAAAGCGGUCCCCAUAGGUACGAAACGGGACUCCGUCGGGUCCGCGGUCACACAGGUGUGAUGGCAGUAACACGCGGGACCCGCCGAUCGGCUUUCCUGACCACGAGCACCUGUGUUCGCAGAACACGUGCACGGCCGUCGUUCGGGGGUCCCCUCCCUCUACCCGUGAGGGUCCGCGCGGCUGGGCCGUCUCCCACGCAUCCUGCAAGCCGCCUGCUUCGGCCGCUGACGCGUUCCUUGCCGUCCGGCGUGUCCGGGCCCCCGGGGGACCCGUCGGGCCCCCGCUCGCCCCCCUGCAGGUGGCCGAGCGGCGUGUGGGCUCAGAUCUGCGCUGCCGCUCGGGCCUGGGCCGAGGGUUCUGAUAAAGCAGAGACGGCUUCGGGCAUUAACGGGCACCACGAGGUCCCCUGCUCUGGGCCGGCCGCCCCGAUUCUAGGCGUGAGUAAACCGUGGCCUGGAGGCGGGAGAGCCGCAGCCGGUGACCCCGAGCGGGCCCCAGGGGAAAAAGCAAGAGUCGCGGGCGCUGUGGGUCGGGCACCGUGUCGCUCGGCUGCCCUGCACUCGGAGCAUCGGCCCGGCCUGCAGCUCGGAUGACCCAAGUCUCCUGCUGCUGCUCUGCUCUGUGCUCCUCCGGCUCCCCAGCCGCCGCCGGUUCUCUCCGUGAGCCCCUCGGUGGUGCGGUCGUGGCUCUCUCGCGGGUCCUUCCACCAGGUCCUGGCCCCAGACCCACCUCUUGGCCGCACUCUACGGACGCAGCCCGUUCAGUCCUCGUUCCCGCUGCCCUCUGCCUAGCGCCGUGGGGCCGAGGGAGCGGCCCGGUGUCCCCAGAGGGUCUGCCAGGUGCUUAGAGACUCCCGCCCUCCGGCCAGGGCUGAUGGGUCCCGGGGAGGACACCCAGCCCAAGCCAGGCCAAAGGAAGCGCUUCCCGGAGAACGUCGGGAAGCCGGCGCCCUCUGCUGUGGGGGCCACAGGAGAGGACGCUUCGGUGCGGGGUGGGGGGGGGGCAGCGUGGUCUCCACGUGGAGAGAGAGACUGCGCCUCGGAUACAGAGUCAAGCAGAGACGAGAUUCCCCCCCUUUCUUGACUUAAAAAUGGCAUUAAAAAAAGGAAUCAACUGGUAGGAAGAAAACAGAAAUGCCCCCGAACACAAGACCCAGAAAACCCUUCUGACCGCAAGACCGUAAUCCGUGCUUUGGAAAUCUAUUACACCGAUCCUACGUCUUCCCCGCCGCAGACACGGAAACCUGUCCCCAAAUAGCCCGGCGGCAGCACCCGCCAUCCACUGACCAGCAUCGACAAGAAGGGAAGCCCCCGGCCGGACUGUAGAGACGCAGGGUCCCUGCCGUCCCCAGACCUCGCGGGCAGCUUGGCACACAGCGUGUCCUCCAUAGAAACGAGCUUCGGUGAUUCUAAUUCCGUUCUCGCCUAGGUCCGAACCGUUUCUUUGCCCACAGAAGAAGGCAUUUUCCUGCUCUCCGGAUCCCGGGGGGACGUUAUUGGGAUAGGUUCACGGGCCGGUGGUGUUGAGAACCAAGUAGUAAGGAGUCCAGGAGACGGUGGAAAACUGGAAAAGCAUAAAGCAGGAACCCGCACAGUGGGAACGGAAGGUCUGAAGCACGGGAGCAAAUUAACGGCAUCGAGACCAAGUCAAGUCAACCUAAACUCUGAGGUUGCCACAACCGACGUGUCCCUGUGUUGGAACAGGGAAGGAUGGAAGGGGACAGGGAACCCAGAAGAGUAACGUGUGUUUCCAAAAAAAGUAGGGCUCCUGCUGGCUCCGGGGGCUAAGCGUCUGGCUUUUGACUUGGGUCCCGGUCACGAUGUCACUGUUCGCGGGCUAGAGGAGGCCCACAUCGGGCUGUGCGCUGACAGCGCGGAGCCUGCCUGCUUCGGGUCCUCUGUCCCCUUCUCUCCGCCCGUCCCCUGCUCACUCUCUCUCUCUCAAAAUAAACUUAAAAAAAAAAAAAUCCAACUUCUCUGCUAUCCAGCCCAUCCCUCCCUACAAAGGUUAACCGCUUCUGUUGAAUGUCAGUCUUUCUAGACCAAAGCCCGGCGUCCGUGUGCGUGUACGUUAACAUACACAGAAGUGUCGGCGUGUAGUCUGCGACCGUCUCCCCUGAUCUACUUUGUAGACAGUGGCACGCACACCCAGCCGCUCGUUCUGUCCAGCUGCCGCCCGCUGCUCGUGGUACGGCUGUCCCCUGGAUGAGUGAUCCAGUCCCAACGGACAGACAUUUAAGAUGCAACCGUUCUGGCUUGGGCGACCACGGGCUGUGCAGCAGCGAAACAUCUUUCUGCGUCUAUCUUUGCUCGACUUUUGCAAAUGGUCCUAGCAGUGAAAUUACUGGGACAAAAGUUUCUGGAUUUAGGGGCGCCUGGGCGGCUCAGUGGGUUAAGCGUCCAGCUCCUGAGUUCAGAUCAGGUCACGAUCUCUUGGUUCAUGGGAUUAAGCCCCACGUCGGGCUCUGAGCUGACAGUGCAGAGCCUGCUUGGGAUUCUCUCUCUCCCUCUCCUCUCUCUCUUUCCUUCCCCACUCACGUGCACUCACUCUCUCUCAAAAAGGAAUAAAUAAACAUUAAAAAAAAAAGAAAGUGGGGCUCCUGGGGGGCUCAGUCGGUUGAGCGUCCGACUUCAGCUCAGGUCAUGAUCUCACGGUCUGUGGGUUCGAGCCCCGCGUCGGGCUCUGUGCUGACAGCGCGGAGCCUGGAGCCUGCUUCGGAUUCUGUGUCUCCCUCUCUCACCGCUCCUUCCCUGCUCACACUCUGUCUCUGUCUCUCUCAAAAAUAAAGGUUAGACAAAUAAAGUUCGUGCAUUUAAAAAACAAAACAAAAACUGUUGGUGACUUGCCAAAUUGUUCGCAAAAGCACGUGCCCACUGACACCCCUCAGGCCGACAGAGCACAAGAACGCUGUCUUACUCCUUCCCCAGGACAGCAUAUCCUCAAACUAAAAAAAAAAAAAAAAAAAAAAAAAAUUUGUUUGCCAAGCCAAUAGGUGAAAACUGCUAUUCAUUAUUUUCAUUUACGUGUGCUGAUCAAGAAGGUCGAUUUUUAGUUCCAGUGUACAAGAAUCUGCCGUACGAUGAAGGUAAAGUGGUACAUCUGAUGUAGAAAAAGAGGCUUAAUCAAGUAAGUCCCGUUGGGACAACCGGAAACAAUCAUCAAAAUGCCGGCAGACCCUCAGCUGUCGACUGCUGGGGGCGGGGGGAGGUCAGACACCUGCAUGUAAAGCGACACCAAGGAAGGCCUCCGGUAAAGCCAGCAUUUGUCAUCUUGGAGCGAGGGAGGCCUUUCUCCCCUUCCCUGGAGCCCCAAAUCGGAGACCAUAAAGAAAAAGAAAAAUUUCCGUAGGGUCAAAAAUAGAAAACCACAGGCCAGCGAAGACAAACCGGGAGCAGAUGCCCGCAGCCCAAGAGCGGCUCAUCUCUGUCCAUACAGAGCCGGCCGAAAGCCCUAAGAGGCUGGCGAGGUGCUGAACCCCCGGGGCUGCUGGGUCCCUCCCCAGGUGUAAAAACACCGACAGGUGGCGGGGGAGGGACUCUUGGCGGGGAGACAAGGCCAUGAGCAGACCAGAGCAGAAAA